UUUGUAGCCUAGUAAACAACUCCAAAAUAGAAACCGAGACCACGCCCCUUGAUUUGCCAAUAAUCUCUUUCACUCAAAAAUUAAACGCUCUCGCACCAGGUAUGACGCGUUUGCGUAUGCACUACGUUUGACGUCUCGCCAGGUCUCAGUGUUUGCGGUGUCUCCUGUUUAUGACUAGUAUUACACAACCUUGAGUUUCCUUUUCUCUCCAACCUCUACGUCAGCGUAUUUACAGGAGUGCGACUUUUAUUCGUCCGCGCGUACAUUCAGUUUGUCUGUUAAAAUUCGACUCUCUUAUUUCCUUUCUUAUUUUGUUUACCCUCUUUUUUUUUCUAGCCUGGAAAUAUGGGUUUGUAGUUAAGUUUUAUUUUUAAACGUUCCUAAUAUAGUAACUGGUUUACCUGUUGAAAUGUUGUGUGAGGAGUUGUCUGCUCUGGCGCUGGAGGAUGAUACUAUUGAUGAAGUGGAAUAUAUGGACACAUCUGACACACAGUGGUACUGGUACUACAAGGCGAAGUGUGGGGUCUGGCACAGGGUUGAGGAUGACCCAAAGAGUUUGAUGUCCAGUGGUGAUCUGGAGAGAUAUUACCUCAGAAACCCACAAGGUGUUAUAAACAUGUCUACAGCUGGAGGUCAGAUCCAGAUUAAUUUUGCAGCGAGCACACAAGUUAACUUAAAAACUGGGACAGAAAAACGGAUUAAACGCUCAUUUCAAACUGACACUGGAUUCAGAUGCAAAUGUGAUGAGAUUUAUCCGUCUCCACCGCCACACUGGAGGGGUGUCGAUCCUCAAACGCCUUAUCAGUUAAUCUCUCUGAGAAAGGAUAGCAGCGAAUAUCAGAUGGUGGAGAGAUUUGUCAGUCAUGAUGGCUUACUGAAUGUUCCCAUCAUAUCCAUCAAAAGAAUCCAGAACAUAGACCUUUGGGAGCUGUUUUGUAGGAAAAAAAUCCAGUUGAUGAGGAUAAAAGGACAAUCAGAUAUUAAAGAGCAAAUGCUGUUCCAUGGAACAGAUGCAAAAAACGUGCACUCUAUUUGCACAUUUAAUUUUAACUGCAGACUAUCAGACACGAAAAGAACAGCACACGUAUAUGGCAAAGGAACAUACUUUGCAAAACAUGCAUCCCAUGCUAUCAGAUACAGUAAAGCCAGGCAUGGAACCAGAGUCCUGCUGCUUGCCCGCGUUAUUGUUGGGAAGUACAAAACAGGCCAUCGUGAUGACUGUACACCUAAUGAUGAGCAGGACGAAAACAUACACGAUAGUUGUGUAGAUGACGUGUGCCAUCCGAAGAUUUUUGUUAUCUUUGAUUCCACUCAGAUAUAUCCAGAGUACAUACUUGAAUUUCGCAGCAACUAAUUGAUUGCAAUAAUAAAUUCUGGGAGAACUUGAAAAUGUGUGUAAAAUGCCAGAAUGUUUACAUAAUGCAGGUUAAUACAGAAUUAAGAAAAAUAUUUUUGCAAAAGGUAGGGUUUUAAUGCAUUUUAGAGAACAAAGUCAUUUAUUGUUAUACUGUAUGAAUUUAACAUUUAUUUUCACCCAGAAACAGUAAAGACCACCAGAAGCUCACUUCAAGUAGUGAUUUACCCUCCACUCUUGGCCAAGAAUCAUAAAAAAAAAAA